AUCGCACCAACUUUGUAUAAAAGGCUGAGAUGACACAGUUAUUCACCAGUUCAGUUCGCUCCUCCAACAUGAACACAUUUACGAUUUGCCUCGUCUUCGGACUGGCCGUUGGUGUGUUCGGUGGUGAUUCCAAGAAACACGAGAAGCGAGGAGUCUAUGGAGAAGGACUAUAUGGAGGAGGUCUAGGAGGAUUUGGCUCAACAUUGGGAGGCGUUAGCUCAGGACUGUAUGGAUCUGGUCUAGCUCAUGGAGCCUCCUACGGUUCUGGACUCGGCCUCGGAUACGGAGUCGGCUCAGGACUUGGUCUUGGAUCUGGAGUUGUUCUCGGCUCUGGAGUUGGCUCUGGACUAGGUCUGGCGACUGGAGUGGUCGGAGGAAACGAAGUCGUUUCGAGACACGUCACAGUCACUCACCGUGUUGCUGUUCCUGUACCACAGCCUGUGCCAGUUCCAGUUGAAAGAACGGUAGCUGUUCCUGUCCCCCAUCCCGUUAGUGUUCCGGUCGAUCGACCUUACCCAGUACAAGUACCACGACCCGUCCCAGUUCCGGUCGAAAGACCUUACCCUGUACCAGUGGAACGUCGUGUCCCUGUACCAGUUCACCGCACUGUUAGUGUACCUGUACCUCACCCCGUCGCUGUGCCAGUUCCAAGGCCAGUAGCUGUUCCUGUCGUCAGGAACGUACCAGUCCCUGUUCCUCACCCAGUAGCCGUCCACCAACCCGUACCUGUCCACGUGUCUGUACCGGUCCACACUGGAGUGGUUGCUGCUGCCCCAGUAGUCGGUGUCUCUUCUGGACUCGGUUUCGGUUCUGGCUAUUCUGGACUUGGAUACGCUUCAGGAGUUUCUGGACUCGGAUACACUUCAGGAGUUACUGGGCUCGGGUACGGUUCUGGAGUUUCUGGGCUCGGAUACACUUCAGGAGUUACUGGGCUCGGGUACGGUUCUGGAGUUUCUGGACUCGGAUACACUUCUGGAGUUACUGGACUCGGGUACGGUUCUGGACUCGGAUACGGUUCUGGCUUCUUAUCUGGCCACGGUCUCGGCUCAACUGUAGCUGUUGGAGGUCACCACAAAGUACUGUAAUCGUCAGUAAACACCGAACUUUUCAUCCAUUCUUUCUCAUUCAUACUUCAUUACUACAUUGUAUAUACCUCAUUUUUAUAUUGUUAAUAAAUUUUUUAUUGUAAAUUAGUUCGUACUCUAGUAAAACCUUUCUGUUUUUUGAACAUUUUUUGUACUACAUUAAUUGUGUGACUAUAGUGUAUAUGUCU